UCCAUAGCUACAAAGGAAUUUUGGAAUGCACCCAGAGUGCGCUCCCGAUGCUUCCUUUUGAAUUUGCCGCAUUAUUUUGCUUUAUUCCUUUAUAUUCUAAAAUAUAACUGGUUUAAAACUACAAAAUCAAUACAGAAUUAAAAUACACAGUAACAGUUCCUUUGGGGCGUGCAGGCCUGGAUCUGGGCGGGGAAAGCAAGAUAGCUUUCCAUUAUUUUUAUUUAUUUCAUAAAAUGUAUCCAAUGCUUGGUUGUAUAUAUUUUUAAAAACCUCAGAGAUUUACAAACAGAAUAAAACAAUAACAUUAUGCACUGAAUGGAGGUGCCAGGGAAUCCCCACAUACAACACAUUACAACAAUCCAGUCUUGUACUAUCCAAUGCAUAAACUAUUGUGGCCAAGUUUCCCAGUUCAGGAAUGGUCAUCGCUGUUGUACCAGUUUCAGUUAGUAAAAGGCCCUUCUAGCCACUGAGGCUACCUCCAAUGACAGAGUUGGAUCCAGAAGGCCCCCCCCCAAAAAAACUGUGAACCUGCUCCUUCAGGGGCAUUGCAUAGGUAGGCAGCUGACCAAUUUCUUGGAUGUGGAAACGAUUUACCCACAAUGCCUCUGUCUGUCCAGGAUUCAAUCUCAGCUUGUUUUUCUUCUUCCAUGUCACACUGCGUCCCAGCAAUAUCUCAGAAACUGUUCUUCCAUUUCACACUGUGUCCCAGCAAUAUCUCAGAAACUGUUCAGAUCAAGAUGCUGUGGAGAGAUAGAGCAGCUUGUCAUUUGCAUUCUGAGGGCACCUCCCUGCCAGAUUCCUAAUAGCCCUUCCCAGUGUCUUCAUAUAGAUAUUGAGCAACAGAGGCGAUAAGUUCAAGACCUGUAAAACUAAACUCGGAUGUCACUUUCCCCGGUCAAUAGAAUUGGUGUUAAAGUCCACUGCUUAUUCCAGCAGAUCACCGCUAAUAAUUUUCUCAUCAACAUUUCAGAACAAUCCUGUGACACACCACCCCAAUCUCUGCAGCAGUGCGAGAUUCCAGGGGUCCAGGCACAUAACCCAGGGCCUGAAUUUCCUUAGGAAAUGAGGCACCAUGGGGACUGUGGUGUCUAUAAUUUAUGGUUUAUUUGCACAUACCUGAGCCUACAUUGGAGAGGUUCAAAACAUUACCCUCCAAGCGGGUUCUGUUUCUUCCAUGGCUGCUGCUUGGAUUCAAACUGUCACCCUACAUUGCUCUGAUUCCCCUUUCUACAGCUUUGAAACUGCCUGCAAAGCACAACCGUUUCCCCUUUCGCUUACAUUAUUGUCCACGGCAAUCGUGAACCUACCCCACUCUAGCACUGUCUUUCUGGCUAACCCUGGGCUCAGGGUGGAGCUCAAGGCAUUGGCUCAUCUUCCAGGUUAUCACCAGGCUUUGAUUCCCUAAUAAUCAACAUGAGCUGGAUCCAGGUAACUCUCCAACCCUUCAUUAAUUCUAAUUUUACUGGACCCAGACAAUUAGGGUGCCUCACACCCUACAAACCCACAAUAGUACUCUCUGCCUACUGAGAUACUACUUAAUUGUUGCUUGACGUUCAUGGAAGGAAGUUGGGAGCUAACACCUGGAGAGCUUCCCUCCUGUCUUUCCCCAAGGCAAGGAGCAGCAGCUUUUGGGAGAGUGGAAAGUGUUCUGGCCUGUCGGUGAUACGGGUGUAUGGAAGUUCUGGGAUUCGAUGAAGAUCGCUGCCUUUAUACUGGGUCCUGCCCUGCUCAUGUUUGUUGCUUUCAGGAACUCAGUCACAUGGCACCUGCAGAAAUUCUGGGGAGCCUCUGGCUUGUUCUGGCAGACUCAGUGGGAGAACUUGCACCACCUCCUAGGGGGAAAUGAAUGGGUGAUUUUCAUAGUUUGCGCUGGAAUAAUUCCUGCCCUGAUUUUCUGGAUCUUCAAUGGAAUCUUGAUGGUAGCAGAUGUGACUGGGAAGCCGAGUUUCAUCACCCGAUACCGCAUUCAGUUGGGGAAGAACGAUCCUGUGGACACAAAAAGACUGCAGGAUGCCAUACGCACAGCCCUGUUCAAUGAUUUUUUCAUCUCUCUGCCUAUGAUUAUCCUCAUGCUCCCUAUUCUGAAAUGGAGGGGGGAGCCAUGCAGUUUGCACUUGCCAACUUUCCAUUGGUUUCUUCUCGAGCUGGCAAUCUUUACGCUAUUGGAGGAAAUUCUCUUCUAUUACUCUCACCGGCUUCUUCAUCACCCUCUCCUAUACAAACACAUUCAUAAAAAACAUCAUGAAUGGACCGCUCCCAUUGGUGUAGUUUCCAUCUAUGCUCAUCCAAUUGAGCAUGUGUUUUCCAACAUGCUGCCUGUGAUGACCGGCCCAAUCCUCAUGAGAUCUCAUGUUACAUCCAUCAUGGCGUGGCACUCCCUUUCCUUUCUGGCCACCACCAUUUCUCACUGUGGCUACCAUUUACCUUUCCUGCCCUCACCAGAGUUCCAUGACUUCCAUCAUCUCAAAUUCAAUCAGUGCUAUGGUGUCUUGGGUGUGCUGGACCGCCUGCAUGGAACAGAUCUGUUGUUCAAGCAAACAAAGGCCUAUGAGAGACACUCCGUUCUGUUGAGCCUCACCCCCCUCACUGAAAGCAUUCCUGAUUGUCCUAAGAAAUCAGAGUGACCCUUAAGUGCAAAUUAUUUCCUUUGACAUCAUCCAGAUAAUCACAAGAAUCGGGAAAUACCAGAUUUUCUGGUGAGGCACUCAACAAGAUUAUUGUGGCAGGUUUCAUGUUUUCAUUGGCAAGGGACAGAGCUUGACCUAUAACACAGCCUCCGAAAAGGAUCAGGGUAACGCUUAUGUUUGUAGAGCACCAUGGCAGAAGAGGAAUAAUGGCAGCAUCUACAGAAAUGGUUGUGAUUGACCAAGGAAAGCAAACAGCUGAAAGUACUGUAUAACAAAGGGUGCUGGAGGUGAGAGAAUACACUUUCUGGCUUACAGAAAACAAGUAACUCUCAUAGAAUUCCAAGUUGGAAUUUCAGCCUGACCCAACAAAGGACCAAGAGCAGGUGAAUUCGAGAGCAUUUACCGUAUUUUUCUGUGUAUAAGACAAUGUUUUUUGGUAUUAAAAAAAAUAGGCAGAAAUUGGGUGUCGUCUUAUACAGAUACCGUGCUUCUCAUAUUAUAAGACACGUCUUAUAUUUAUUUUUUCCUCAAAAAAAACACACUAUGGCUUAUUUUCAAGGGAUGUCUUAUUUUUUUCCUCCUCCUCCUGCCGCGGCCGGCAUUGCUGCUGCGCCUAUCACUAUGUCUUAUUUUCGGGGUAUGGCUUAUAUUACUUGAAUGCUUAAAAAUCCUGCUGUGGCUUAUUUUAUGGGUAUGUCUUAAAAUAUGAGAAACACGGUAGUGAAUGCAGAGGGGGGUGUGUGCGAUUAAUGGCAGCAGCAAACAGGAGAUAGUCGGGUUAUUGGUGGCUGUGGCAAUUGGGCAGGCGAAUGGCAGCUGCGGCAAGUGGGCUGUUAGUGGUGGUGAGCGGGCAGACAAUUGGCGGCUGUGACGAGGUCUGUGAUUGGCAGUGGCUGUGGCAAGUGAUCAUUGGUGGGCAGGCGGGUGAGCAACUGGCGGAAGUGAACCUCCUCUAUGCCCACAAGCUAAACAACUUAAUUUCUUAAUUUUGGGUUUAAAAAUUAGGGCUCGUCUUAUACACUGAAAAAUACGGUAUUCCUAAUCUCGGAAGAAAGCAGGGGACUGAAAUCUGCCAUCUCCCUGAGUACCAAGCUGAAUGAGUAGUCCUACUGAACAGUACAAUGUAAGGCAUCAUGCUGUUGUAUAGCAAGAUACUCUUGUGCUGCAUUACUGUAAAGGGGGGGGAGGUAAAGUUUUAUCACUCUAUAUGAUCUAUUAAAGAUUUCUAUCUAUGCUUAAUUGGGUUUUUAUUUCUAUUUUUCCUUAUGUUUGCAGCUGUUUCUAUUUUAGCUGUAGGGCACCCUGAAUCCGUCAGGGAAAAACGUGGGAUAUAAAUAAAUAUAAUCAUAAGUCAUGCCUCUCCAAGUAACUGAAGAUUUUUAAAGAGAUAGUGGAGCUAAUUAACAUAGCCAAAGAGAGCAUUAUGACGAUCUUUUAUACUCACUAAAACUCAUUAGAAAAAGUAGCUGUUUGGUGACCCUGGAAUGGAAAACAAACACAAAAUGAAACCAUUCUCGUUUUGCUUCCACAUGGGCCUAGUCCUCAAGAACAGCAGAUGAGGCAAUAAACAUCACUGUGCCACUCCAGGCAGAAGACAUACAAGAGGCUUGAGUACAAUGAUCUAUUCCAAAUAUUUAGCUUUCGGUGUGCAGCGAUACUUUUUUUUUGUAUAGAGGACCAUUCAGUCAUUUCAAAGGCGGCAUACACACAGGUUGCCUCUUAGCCCAAUUUUUCAUUCUUUGAAGAACAGUUUAAAUAAUGUAAGCAACCAGGAAUCUUGCUAGAGUACAUAAUACUGAAAAUGCAAAAGGACAUUUGUCUUGACAAGUAACAUUUUUAGCACACUUAUCCUGCCAUUACAUCAUCAUAUCGUGCAUC